UCCAUAUCCAAUCAAGAAAGCACUUGCUCUUGUAGAAGCCAUCUCUCGUGAUUUAAAUGACGUAUUACAAAAAAUUUUGUGUGGUCGUCGUUUGAUGUAUAUGGAAUAUAAUGAUUUUGAAAAAGUUAUGUCGGGUGCUGAAGAUGUUUUUAGAACCUGGGAUGAGAUGAUCAGAGAAUUUACAAAUGUAGCACGUGAUGUUAUGCGUAAAAACUCAUAUAAAUUCGUUCCAAUCAAAAUAAAUCCUGCACAUGAUAAAUUGCAGGAACGUGUUGCAUUUGUUAGGAAUUUUAGGAGACAGCAUGAACAACUUUACCAAACAAUUGUUAAAAUAAUGAUCCAACCGAAGAAUGCCGCAAAAAUUGUUAUUGAAGGCGAAGAAAGUUUUAGCAUAGAUGAUAUAAAUUCUAUAAAGGAAGUAAAAGUGGCAUAUGAAAGUGUCAAGGAUAUUGAUGUGUUAGAAGUUUCGAUUGAAGGCACAGAAAUCUGGUUUCAAGCUGAAAAUGCAUAUUUCGAACGUGUUUCAAGAGUAGAAAAUCAAAUUAUUGAAAGUCUACGAGAUCGACUUAGUACAUGUAAAAAUGCUAAUGAAAUGUUUGGUGCGUUUUCAAAAUUCAAUGCUUUGUUCGCUAGACCGAAGAUUCGUGGUGUUAUUCAAGAAUAUCAAAAUGAACUUAUUGACAGAGUUAAAAAAGAUAUAUCUAAACUUCAUGAGAGGUUCGAUCAACAAUAUCAUAAAUCUGAAGCGAAUUACAUGUUUCAGCUUCGCGAUAUUCCUGCUAUCUCUGGUGCAAUGAUUUGGGCACGUCAAAUUGAAAGACAAUUACAACGCUAUAUGAAACGCGUUGAGGAUGUUCUUGGUAAAGGUUGGGAGAUGUAUGCAGAAGGCCAUAAAUUACAGAUCGAAUGCAAUAACUUUAAAAAGAAAUUAGAUACAAGACUAUUUUAUGAAUUUUGGCAGAAGGACAUUUUACAGCGCAGCGAUUUGAAUAUGACCGGAAGAUUACUUGAAAUUACACGAGAUCGUGCUCAAGGAAACAUUCUUCAAUUAGGUGUAAAUUUUGAUCCACAAAUAAUUACUAUAUUUAGAGAAGUGCGUAAUUUAUUAUGGUUAGGUCAUCAUGUGCCACACAAUAUAUCCACAAGCGCAAAAGUUGCUAAGCGUGUAUAUCCUUUCGUUAUAAGUCUUAUAGAGACGGUUAAGAAGUAUGCACAAACUGUGCGAAAGAUUCAAAAACAUCCUGAUAUCAUCAUGUUGGUUGCCAAUUAUCGUAACGGUAUACAAGCCAUGAUCACCAAAAGUAUCACCUUUGAGUGGGAAUACUUUGUGUACUCUUAUGAUGAUUCUCCUGAAAAUCAACAUGUUACUUUUGUACGAGAAUUUGCAAACACUGUUUUAGAAUUUCAAGAUAAAAUCACCCAUCUUAAAUCUUAUUCUAAUAUUGACGUUUGGAUUGCACAACUUGACAAACGAAUUGAAACUGUUUUGUCUCAACGACUACAGCGUGCUAUAUUUUCAUGGACAACUGAAUUUAUUUCAUCCAGUAACAAUUCUACAAAUAUAGAGUCAAUUGAAACCUCAGCUGAUAAAGGUAUAAAAAAUGUCAGACAUGAAACUGUUAGAAAUGAUUCUUCUGAUGGUGAAACACCAACAACUGCAAAAACUGAAAAACCAGUGUUUCAGCAAUUUGUUCAUGCAGUGCUUAUUAAAAAUCAAGUAAUUUAUUUGGAUCCACCCAUAGAAGUUGCCAGAACUAGAUGGUAUAUUCAAUUACACGAGUGGUUUUCGGUUGUGUGCAAUUUACCAAGAAUUCAAGGUUUACGUUCUGAUAUUGGUCAAGCUAGAGGAUCCACUGUUUCUCGAGAGACAAAUACUUAUUCCAAUUUAUUGACAAAACUUCCUGAUGGUUCACUAGAGAAAGCAUAUGAAGUCAUUGAAGCCAAUUUGAACAAAAUCCAGGCUCAAUCAUUAUGGAAUCUUGAAUCUAAUUAUAUUUAUGAACGACUUGGAGAUGAUUUUAAUAAAUGGAAACGAGUUCUUCUGGAGAUAAAGAAAACACGCGCUACAUUUGAUAAUUCAGAUAUCGAACUGUCUUUUGGCAUUGUAGUAAUUAAUUAUAAACAAGCACAAAGCAAAGUAAAUGCCAAAUACGAUCAAUGGCAACGUUAUGUUCUUGCUAAAUUUGGUAUUAAACUUGGUGAUUCCAUGCAAGAAUUUCGUUCAGGAGUUUCAAAUUCUCGCAAAGAACUUGAGAAUAAAUCUAUGGAGAGUAAUAAUACAAGUGCAGUCGUUGCUUUUAUUACUUUCGUACAAGACCUCAAAUGUAAGGUUAAUAAAUGGCAACAAGAUGUUGAGAUAUUCCGCGAAGGACAAAAAACUUUAGAGCGAUAUCAAUAUCAAUUUCCAAGUGGCUGGCUACAUAUUGGACAGGUUGAAGGCGAAUGGAGCGCUUUUAAAGAAAUCUUAGAUAAGAAGAGCAGUCAGAUUCAAGAUCAAAUCGCAAAAGAGGCAUUGAACAUGUAUUUAAAUGUUGAUUGUCGUCUAUAUCCCAUUCUUGAAGAGAUAAGAGAUCUCAGAUCUAUAUGGAGUUCUCUUUCAGAGGUUUUGCAAUCAAUAAAUGAGCUAAAAGAAAUUCAGUGGUAUUCAGUAGUGACAACACAAGAAAAUCUACGAAAAUUGGAAAAGCUUUUUAUUUCUAUUAAUGAAUUACCAGAUAAUAUACAUAAAGUCAGUGUUUUAAUUUAUGCAGUGCUUUCAAUAUUUUUGCCAUCAAUAUAUGAGCUAAAAGAAACUCCACAGUCUUCAGUGGUACCACGAGAAAUUCGACGACAAUUGAAAAAUCUUAAUUUUCUUGAAAUGUUGCCAAGUUAUAUACGUUUAUCUUCAACAUUUGGAGUUUUAAUAAAUGAAGUGCUUUCAAUACUUUGGCCAUCACUAAAUGAGCUAAAAAAAACCCCGUGGUCUUUAGUGUUACCACGAAAAAUUCGACGACAAUUGGAAAAUAUUCUUAAUGAUAUUAAAGAAUUGCCAAGUAGUAUACAGGCAUUUGAAGUUUUAGUAGAUAGAGUGAAAACUUACAUUAAAAUAAAUCCAAUUCUUUCCGAGCUUAAAUCUGAAGCAUUAAAAGAUCGUCAUUGGGAGCAAUUAUUCAAAGCCCUUAAACUUGAUAAUUGUUUCAGUUUAUCUGAAAUGACAGUUGGUCAUGUUUGGGAUUUAGAUCUUAAAAAAAAUGCAAAAAUUAUAAAAAACAUUGUAGCUCAAGCCUCUGGUGAAGAAAAUUAA